AUGUGUUUCUUUUCAUGUCUAUAUGAUCGUGUUUAUAUCUAUCUAUCUAUCUAUCUAUCUAUCUAUCUAUCUAUCUAUCUAUCUAUCUGUCUGUCUGUCUGUCUAUGUCUAUCUGUCUGUCUAUGUCUAUCUGUUUGUCUCAACUUAUCUAUCUAUCUAUCUAUCUAUCUAUCUAUCUAUCUAUCUAUCUAUACUGAUGCCUACCAACUUCUUUCUUUCUUUUCUUUCUUUCUUUCUUUCUUUCUUUCUUUCUUUCUUUCUAUCAAAUGGUUAAAUGGAAAAUUUCAAUAUUCCUUAUUUAAUAGUAGUGUUUCGGCUUCUCCCUCACUCCCUCUCUCUCAAACUCUCUCUCUCUCUCUCUCUCUCUCUCUCUCUCUCUCUCUCUUCCACCGUUUUCAGCACCAAUCAACUUUUUUUUUUUUCUGUUCUAUCUUUAUCCCAGGGGACGAAACGAGGAACUCGUUCCGACGAGAUAUAGUGCCACUGACUAAACGUAACCUCGGGCUUCUUUCUGCUCUGGUUAAACCGUGUUCUCUUCCCGCCAUAACUCACAUUCGCCCAGAACAUACCUUCCUACCCGCCUCUUCAAUGAUGGCCAGCAAAUCUACCAAUAAUCUUUUCGCACGAAAAGGUGGCUAG